UUGAAUAUUUUAAAGUAAUUAAUUGCAUAUAACCGUCGACAUUAAUUAACGAGUAUACUACGAGUUCUUGUGGUUUCCGUUUUUUGAGAUAUUCAGCUAGUUGAACGAACCAGAAGAUAAGCCAAUCCUCCAAAUUUUAUUCGUUCGAAUCGAGACAGACCGAAAUCGGCCUGCCUGGAAGUAAGAAGCAAGAAAAUGUUCAUCCCUCUCGUAGCGAUCUUCGCCGUGGUGCCGGUAGCGAUCGGCCAGUUUAAUGGCAUCCUGGGGCAAUUGGGAAGAAAACCGGGUAGUUGUCCACCCUUCCCCGAUGUUGGAAUUUGUGAGAUGUCCUGUUACGGCGAUUACAAUUGCGCAAGAUCACUGAAGUGCUGCAGGACCGCUUGCGGAGGAACAUUCUGUAUAAGCCCUGUGACGGCCCCCAUCAGUAGUAAUUUAGAGGAAAAACCAGGUGUCUGUCCGCGACCUUCAGGCCCUUGGGUUUGCUCAAGCAGAUGUAAACAAGAUUCCGAUUGCAGGGGAAAGAAGAAAUGUUGCCGAAAUAGAUGCGGUGCUAAUGCGUGUAUUGCUCCAGAAGAAGACAAUUCCGAGAAUGAAGUUCCGCUUAUUAUAUAGUUGCAUUAUUACUUGUAAAACAUUAAUCGGAUACGAUCGAGUGGGCUGUACAGGAUCCCAAACCUUUUUUAAUGAAAAAAUUAAAAUUAAGUUGAUUUUCACAUUUUUUCCACAUGCAAUAGUAGAAUAUGUUAAAAAAAGUCCUACCUAACCAAACAAAAUAAGUAAAACUUUCUUUAAAGAAAAUGCUUAGGAUUCUUCAUGUCAAUUUCAUGUAUUUUUUCAUUUCUAUGCGUGUAUUUUAUUUUAGUUAAAUAUUUUUAAUUAAAGCGUACUUAGACUAAUAAGUUUGUCAAGUUGUCAAGUUUAAAAUAAUUUUUCAAAAAUUAAAAAUUAUUUUUAAGUUAAACAAUAAAAUAUCAAUUUUU